AUGGCAGGCCCUAACCUUCCCCAGCUAGACACCCCCAACAUGCUGCCUGCCCACCACCGCCAGAAGAGAGACUGGAUUUGGAACCAAAUGCAUAUAGAUGAAGAGAAAAAUGCCUCACUGCCCCACUAUGUGGGAAAGAUCAAGUCCAGCGUGAACCGUAAGAAUGCCAAGUAUGUCCUCCAAGGAGAGUUUGCUGGCACCAUCUUCCGGGUCAAUUCUGACUCAGGAGAUGUGUAUGCCUUUGAGAGAUUAGACCGGGAAAAGGUCCCUGAGUACUACCUUACUGCUCUCAUUGUGGACAAGGAGAGCAACAAAAACCUGGAGCGACCUUCCAGCUUCACUGUCAAGGUUCAUGAUGUAAACGACAACUGGCCUGUGUUUACAAGCCAGGUAUUCAACGCAUCUGUGCCAGAGAUGUCAGCUAUGGGGACCUCCGUCAUCCGUGUGACAGCAGUGGAUGCUGAUGACCCCACGGUGGAUGGCCACGCCACUGUCAUGUACCAAAUCCUAAAAGGAAAUGAGUACUUCAACAUUGAUAAUUCUGGACUCAUUUCAACAAAGGACAAAAACUUAGACAGAGAGACGAAGGCUGAGUACAAGGUUGUGGUGGAAGCACGAGAUGCCCAGGGUCUUCGGGGAGAGUCAGGCACAGCGACUGUGAUGAUCAGACUGGAAGACAUCAAUGACAACUUUCCCAUCUUUACUCAGUCCACAUACACAUUUUCGGUGCCUGAAGACAUCCGUGUGGGCAGCCCCUUGGGCUUUCUGUCAGUUGAGGACCCAGAUGAACCUCAGAACCGAAUGACCAAGUACAGCAUCAUACAGGGCGAGUACAGGGACACUUUCACCAUUGAGACAGACCCCAACCGCAAUGAAGGUAUCAUCAAGCCCACGAAGCCCCUGGACUAUGAACUCAUCCAGCAGUACACAUUCCACAUUGAGGCCACGGACCCCACUGUCCGACUCGGAUACCUGAGCAGCACUGCAGGCAAAAACAAAGCCAAGAUCACCAUCAACGUCAUGGAUGUCGAUGAGCCCCCUGUCUUCCAGCGACGCUUCUAUCACUUCCAGAUACCAGAAAACCAGAAGAAACCUCUGAUAGGCACUGUGGCGGCCAGAGACCCUGACAAGGCUCAGCGCAGCAUAGGAUACUCCAUCCGUAAGACCAGUGACAGAGGGCAAUUCUUCCGAAUAACCAAACAGGGGGGCAUCUAUAAUGAGAAAGAACUGGACAGAGAAAUCCAUGCCUGGUACAACCUGACUGUGGAAGCCAAUGAACUGGAUUCUAGAGGUAACCCUGUAGGCAAAGAAUCUAUUGUGCAGGUUCAUAUCGAAGUUUUGGAUGAGAAUGACAGCCCCCCAGAAUUUGCCCAGCCCUAUGAACCUAAAGUGUGUGAGAAUGCUGCCAAGGGCAAGCUGGUUGUACAGAUUUCUGCAACAGACAAGGAUGUAACACCACCAAACCCAAAGUUCAAGUUUGCCCUGAAGACUGAGGACAGCAACUUCACCCUCAUAAAUAACCACGACAAUACCGCCAACAUCACAGUUAAGUAUGGGCAGUUUGACCGGGAGCAGGCCAAGUUCCACUACCUACCCGUACUCAUCUCAGACAACGGAGUGCCUAGCCUGACUGGAACUGGCACACUAACAGUGGCUGUGUGCAAAUGCAAUGAACAAGGAGAGUUCACCUUCUGUGAGGAGAUAGCUGCCCAGGCAGGUGUCAGCAUCCAGGCGCUGGUAGCCAUCUUUCUUUGCAUCCUCACCAUCACAGUGAUCACUCUGCUCAUCAUCCUGAGGAGGCGACUCCGGAAGCAAGCACAUGCACAUAGCAAGAGCGCCCUUGAGAUUCACGAGCAGUUGGUUACCUAUGAUGAGGAGGGUGGCGGCGAGAUGGACACCACAAGCUACGACGUGUCCGUGCUCAACUCUGUGCGUGGAGGCGGCACCACCAAGCCCCUGCGGUCCACAAUGGAUGCCCGGCCAGCAGUGUACUCACAGAUGCAGAAGCCACCACGGCUGGGGCCUGAGGCUCACGGUGGGCCCAGUGAGAUGGCCACCAUGAUCGAGGUGAAGAAAGAUGAGGCAGACAAUGACGGUGGUGGCCCCCCCUACGACACACUGCACAUCUAUGGCUACGAGGGCUCAGAGUCCAUUGCAGAGUCACUCAGUUCCUUGACCACCGAUUCCUCCAACUCUGACAUCGACUAUGACUUUCUCAACGACUGGGGACCCAGGUUCAAGAUGCUGGCCGAGCUGUAUGGCUCAGAUCCCCGGGAUGAGCUGAUCAUCUAGGGUUGCCAGUCUCUGGGCCAAGGGACCCAAAGUCACUGUAGCCUAGAUCUGAUACACCUGACAUCACCUUCCCUGAUUUCCAAGGAGUGGCACAGACUCUCCAGCCCAGCACCCCUUGCCUCUGGGUACCAAAGACAUUUCUAACCCCAAGGUAGCAAAUUCCAGGCCCCUUCAACAUCCAGGGACAGAUACAUAUUUUGUUGAUGGCCAUUCCUAAUACUGGGAAAAUGAGGCUAGUGUUCUGUCUGGUUUCCCACACUGUCCUGUCCUCCCCCUCCCCCAUACACAUUUCCAAUCUAUUCUAGACUUCAGUCCCUUCAAAACUGCCAAGCAAAGUUGCUUAUGCUGAACUUUGAGGAGUCUUCCCCAAGGGUCCCUGAACUUGGUGGGCUGUCUGUCUGAAGGAAGAAGACUGGAUGGCAUGAGCUAUGGGACAGGACUCUGAAGCCCAGUCCUGAGGGAGGCUGUAACUAAUCCAUUAUGCCUGCUCUCAAGAGUCCUAGCACUGCUGUGCCCUCCCUCACACCUACCCAGUGCCCAAACACCCCCAGCCCCUCCCCAGGCCUGCUCAGGUAGGAAGGAGACUGUUGGCAGUUCCUGACCUUGGGUCUCAAGGUGAUCCGGCAGGCCUGCAACCCCAUUAACUGCUUUACUGAGCAAUGAUCCAUUCCGUAAACUUCAGGGAAAUGGCUUAUUUAAUUUGAAGCAACUGUGAAUUCACCCAGGAAGGACUGUGGAGACCAAGGGUGACGGGUCAUAGAACAGAGGUAGCUACCAACCCACUCACCAGAAGGAGCCUGGAAAAGUUAAGGAGCCCACAGGACAUCCAACCCUGCCCAGGUUGCCUGUGUGGAGGCAGUUGCUUGCCUGGUCACUCACACUCCCUUUUCUCUUGCUAUCUGCUUGUCUCUUGGAGGCAUCCAAGAUGCAGCCUCAGCAAGCCUGGCUAAUGUCCCAAAUCAAACAUAACUGCAUCACAGAGCCACUAUGCCAUUUGCCUUUUUCUCUAGUUGCCACAUCUCAGGGAAUGAGCCCCGGGCACACUUGGCAGAACGCAAGGCCCCUGCCCUUCCCAGGAGCAGUGACAUCUCUGCAUCUCUCCCUUGGAGGGAUUUGAGUAACUUUCCAAUGAAGUCACAGUUGGAGGAGGGAGCAUCCAAACAUCACAAGGUCUGGGCAAGGCAGAAACGUGCCUUCAGCUCAUCCUCCAUUGUGGACCCCUCCCCCAACAAGGCCUCUCUGCAGGGGAUUGUAGAUAGCACUGGCGGCUAACCAAUAAUUAGUUUUUCUUAAUUUUUUUUUUUUACUAAUAAUACUUACAAGUUUCUAGUUCUCACGAACGUAGGUUAAGGGAUUUUUUUGCGUAAUAAGCAGGUUGCUAUUUAGGUUAGCAACUUUAAUUGAGGUUUUUUAGUUGGAUAAAUAAUUCCUGUAAGUUUUUAUCUCCUGUUGUAGUA